UCCGGAUAUUUCGGCAUCUCCUCCCAUCCAAAAUGCGGAAAAAAUCAAAAUUGCGUGCUAAGUUAUCAUUUAUAAAUAAGUAAAUAAAUAAAUAUACAAUAAUAAUAAUAAUAAUAAUAAAAUAAGGAGCGAGAGCGAGAGAGCGCGUUGAUCGAGUCCCCCGUAGCUGACGAUCCCUCAUUUUCUCUCACUAGGUUCUGGGCCAUGAGUGAUACCACAAGCGAGAGCAAUAGGAAAAUGUUGCCAAAGGACCAAGUUAGUUCACUAUCAAUUGAUGAAGGAAGCUCGGGAGGUUCAAUGGGUGGUAGAGGAUCAUCAGGCUUAAAGAAGGGACCUUGGACAUCUGCUGAAGACGCCGUUUUGGUCGAAUAUGUAAGAAAGCAUGGUGAGGGGAACUGGAAUAAUGUCCAGAAGAACUCAGGACUGUCUAGGUGCGGUAAAAGUUGCCGCCUCCGAUGGGCUAAUCAUCUGCGCCCGAAUUUAAAAAAGGGAGCCUUUUCACCAGAAGAAGAAGAACUGAUCAUUAAGCUCCAUGCGACGAUGGGUAACAAAUGGGCUCGGAUGGCUGCACAUUUGCCCGGGCGUACCGAUAAUGAAAUAAAAAACUACUGGAACACUCGGCUUAAGAGACUCCAGCGUGCUGGGUUACCAGUCUACCCUUCUAAUCUCUCUUUCUCAGCAUCUGAUGAGAAUCAAAGAGGCCAAAAUGUUGGAAACUUCAGCAGCAUCGGUAAAAACUACAAUGAAACCCUGCAGGGAAAUGGUCUUGAUAGUCCCGAUUUUUUAUUUGACGACUUCAAAAUGGCACCAAAAUUCUCUGAUAUUUCGGUCAGUAACGUGCUGAAUCUAGGGUUUGGAUCUCCAAGUUAUAGCUUCAUCAACCAAUCACUGGACUGUAAACGACUUCAAGGAAAUGAAAACUUCCUUCACAUGUUUGAGAAUUUCUCUGAUGAUCCAUCUGAAAGGAUUAACCUAACACUGGGUACAAGCUAUCCUUAUGAUCCUGAUCCUCUCAGCAAAAAUAUAUCACCCUAUCAAGGUGCAAUUUUUGGCAGCCAUGCCCUAACUAAUGGCAACUUCUCUACUUCCAGGCCCUUUUUGGGGACUGUGAAGUCGGAGCUCCCUUCACUCCAAUAUACAGAAUCCGAUCCAAAUUUCUUGUUUGGAUAUGAUUCUUAUGAUUCUUCGCCUCAACCUGAGGCAGUUGAUUCUUAUAUUCAAUCCCCUCCAGCUGCUUCAUUGCAGUCUGAGUGCUGUUCACCUAGGAACAGUGGCCUUUUACAAGAAGUGCUUCAAGAAUCACAUGCAAUGUAUAAUAAUGGCAACAGAUUAUCAUAUGACAAGAGCUCGAAUUCUUCGAUAAUGACUCCGAGUGAUGUUGUGGAUAGUUUGGGAAAUAAUUUCUCGGAAGCAAGUGUAUGGAACGAUGGUGACCCGAUUUCUCCUUUAGGCUGUUCUGCUUCAUCUGUGUUCAAGGAAUAUACUACUCCAAUCAGUGGCAGUUCCUUGGAUGAGCUUCCUCUUUCAAGACGGUCUUCAGGUUCAGACAUCACAUUACCAAGUAUCGAGGACGUUUCAACCUCAAGCAUAACGGAGAGGGACAUUAAGCCCAAACCAGAAUUCUUAAGGCCCGAUGCAUUACUGGGCUCUGCUUGGCUUUUAGAUAACUCCCAUAUAGCAAAAGAUCACAAUAACAUGAACAACGCCGUGUCAACACUUCUUGGCGAUGACUGCUGCAUCGAUCGCAAGCCUCCACCAAAUGAAACAUCAUACAUCGACACCGGAGGCCUAGGGCUGGAUUCUUAUCCAUGGAGUAAUAUGCCUGGUGUUCAUCAAAUGUUUGAAAAUCUUUGAGAUUUGUUUCAAUGGAGUUAUUUGUUCGAGCUUUUCAUCACUAUUGGUACUUGAGAUUUUGGUGUUAGGUUUGUGGAUUGAUGUCUAGAUUUGAUUGUUUAGGCUUCAAGUCUUUGGCUUGGGUGCAAGUGGAUUGAUUUGAAAUUGAAAAACUUUGUUCGUUUGGUUGCA